AUGGAUUUUAACAGCUCCUCGCCUUUCCCAGAAGGCGUCAUAUCCUUUUUGGAUACCGAUCUGUAUAAACUUACUAUGCAAUGCGCCGUAUUCAAAUACUUCAAGGAUGUGCCUGUGACCUACGCCUUCACCAAUCGUACGCCCGAAAAGAGGCUGUCUAGAGCUGGCUACAUGUGGCUACAGGAGCAAAUCACCAAACUCGGCAACAUUUCUCUCUCGGACGAAGAACACAAGUUUCUCGAGCAGCAUUGCAAGUACCUAAGUGCCGACUACCUGACAUUCCUCAAGGAAUUCAGGCUCCGGCCGAGAGAGCAGGUAUCUAUCACAUUCCAGGCUACUGGGAUAGACACGGGCGGCGAAAACGACCUCGGUGACGUACAUGUGAGCAUUGCCGGUACUUGGUCAGAUACAAUACUCUACGAAAUUCCCUUGCUGGCCCUGACAUCCGAGGCCUACUUCCGUUUCAUGGACACAGACUGGGACUAUGAGGGCCAAGAGCAAAAAGCCUUUGAAAAGGGCAUGAAACUACUAGAAUCGGGUUGCAUUCUGUCAGAGUUCGGCACACGACGUCGCCGUGAUUAUCACACCCAAGCUCUAGUAUUCCGCGGCCUGGUGAAGGCGUCCAAGGAAGCGGCCCUCAAAGGCUACCGCGGCGAACUCUCCGGUACUAGUAACGUGCAUCUUGCCAUGCGCUUCAAUAUCCCCCCCGUCGGAACAGUCGCACACGAAUGGUUCAUGGGAACCGCGGCCAUUUUCAACGACUACAAGACUGCUACAGAGGAAGCCCUGAGACACUGGGUUGGGUGCUUUGGUACAAACUUAUCCAUAGCUCUUACCGACACUUUCGGAACACCCGAAUUUUUGAACGCCUUCAGCCAGCCUGCGCGUACUACGGAAGGGGGUGUACCCGAAGCCACGCUUUGCAAAGAGGAUGGUUCCCGCAAGACAUAUGCCGAGCUUUUCACUGGCAUUAGACAGGACUCCGGCGAUCCGCAAGAAUAUGUCAGACUCCUGCGCAAGUACUACGAUUCGCAAGACAUUAAGGAGAAGGUCAUCGUGUUUUCGGACUCUCUAGACGUGGAAAAAUGCCUAGAGUACAAGAAGGCUGCGGAAGAGCACGGAUUCCUCCCCAGAUUUGGUGUUGGGACUUUCCUGACAAACGAUUUCACCCACAAAAAGACCGGCACAAAGUCCCUACCGCUAAAUAUUGUCAUAAAGCUCAGUUCAGCUCAAGGACGACCGGCGAUUAAAAUAAGUGAUAACAUCGAAAAAAAUACUGGGGAUAAAGAGCUUAUCGAAAAGGUCAAGAAAGAGAUUGCCUACGUUGAAAAUACAUGGGAAGAGGGUAAAGAAGAUGCUAGAUGGGGCAAAGAGGAAUCGAGUAAAUAA